AUGGAGGAUCACUUCGGCCGGAGGAUAUCCAGGGAGGAGGAGGAGGCGGUGGUGAAGCCGACGAGGAGCUUCCGGUACGAGGACUACAGCACCAGGCGGGUGUUCCUGCGCAGCUACCCUCUACAGUGGGACUCGCCGGCGCCCGGCGGCGGCGUCGACGAGAAGCAGGGCGGGGCGGAGGACGACGACGAGGACCGGUACGGCGACGGCGGCGGCCGCGACAGGCGGUGGAAGCGGCAGGUGGUGGCGGCGGUGGUGGAGUGGGGCGAGGACAAGCUGCUGCUGCUCCGGCGGGUCAAGAAGCGGCUGGCGCUCUACCUCAUCGGCUGCCACUACAGCCGCCCCGCGCUGCCGUACAAGUACGGCGGCGGCUCAUGCACCACCGCCAUGCUCAAGUCCAUGUGA